GGCCUCCUCUGAGAGACGGCGGAAGAGCGAGGGAAGAAGAGUCAACCCACCCCCCCUCCCCUCAGCCCGGCCGGCCCGCAGCUGCCCGGCCCGCUCUGCCUCCUCCCCCCGCUGCUGCCGACGUGGCGGGGCGGGGAACGAGCGAGGGGGGGGGGCGCCGGGAAGGGGACUGCUGAGCGAAUUGAAAAUGUCUGAAGACGUAAGUGAUGGCAUCCCAUCUGAAGAAAAGCCUGAAGUAAUGGAAAUGCCCAGCAGUGAGAUACUGCCUCCCAAGUCUGUACCACACCUUGUGGAAACUGAGGUUUUGCAUGAGUCACCACAUGAUGAACAUGGACAGGCCGCUCAGAGUAUCAGUAAUGGUCAGGAAGGAGACAUAUUUAUUAACAAAGACCCUUUGACUGAAAAAAUAAUUGAAAGUCUGCCUUCCAAUGGAGAGGGACCUGAAGAGAUGCCCACUGAGUGCAAUGAGACUGUAAGCCUUGAUGCAGAACCUGAAUCUGAAGAAAAACUGCAUGAACAGAACAGUCAGGAUACAGAAUCCUCAUCUAAAGCAAGUAGAUGGGGAUCUUGGGGUACCUGGGGGAAGUCUCUCCUGUCAUCAGCUUCUGCCACAGUGGGUCAUGGGAUAACAGCAGUAAAGGAAAAAGCAGGAACUACUCUGAGAAUUCAUAACCCAAGUUCAGCAUCUUCAGAAACAGCAGAGCCUCCUGCAGCUGAAACACCAGUGAUACAAGCAGAAGAUUCUCUGAAUCAAAGCUCUUCUGAGACUAUUCCUUCUUCCCCUUCAUCUGGAUCUCGUGGAAUGUUGUCAGCUAUCACGAAUGCUGUGCAGAACACUGGGAAGAGUGUAUUAUCUGGAGGUUUAGAUGCUCUGGAAUUUAUUGGGAAGAAAACCAUGAAUGUACUUGCAGAAAGUGAUCCUGGAUUUAAGAGAACCAAAACAUUGAUGGCAAGGACAGUUUCUCUCUCUCAGCUGCUGCGAGAAGCUAAAGAAAAAGAGAAACAGAGGCGGGCCCAGCAAGUUACAGUGGAAAGAACAGCACAUUAUGGACUACUCUUUGAUGAGUUCCAGGGUCUGUCUCAUCUGGAAGCUCUGGAAAUCCUGUCAAAUGAAAGUGAAGCCCAGAUUCAGUCAUAUUUAGCAACACUUGAUGGAGAGCAGCUGGAGACUGUGAAAAAUGAUUUAAUUGCUAUAAAACAUAUUUUUGUUCCAAAGGAGUUAGAUGAAGAAGUGGUGCAGGCACAGACAGCAGAUAUGGGAGAAGAGUUUGUCAGCAUGCUGACCGAACUGCUGUUUGAAUUGCACGUUGCUGCUACACCUGACAAACUUAAUAAGGCUAGGAAGAAAGCUCAUGAAUGGCUGGAAGAAGCCACUCUUUCCACCCCAGUAGACAUAGAAGAAAAACUAGAAGAAAAACCUGGAGAACCUGAUGAAGAAAAGAUUAAGAAAGAAGAAAAGAUUAAGAAAGAAGAAAUAGACAGUGAUAAAACAGAAGUAGAUGAAAACAAAACUGUGGAGAAAAUCUACAUGCUAUCCAUUGAAAGUCUGGCUGAGAUAACUGCUCGCUGUAUUGAACAGCUUCAUAAAGUAGCAGAACUGAUUCUGCAUGGGCAGGAAGUGGAAAAAACAGCUCAAGAUCAAGCAAAAGUACUGACUAACUUAACAAGUGCCAUGUGCAAUGAAGUUUCAACUUUGACAAAGAAGUUUUCUGAUUCUCUAACAGCAGCUGGGAGCAGUUUGAAGGCAGAGGUUCUUAACCCCAUAAUUGACAGUGUGCAAUUAGAGGGUUGCAACAGUACUACAUAUAUUCAGGAUGCUUUCCAGCUAUUGCUUCCAGUUCUGCAGAUUUCACAUAUCCAGACCAGUUGUUUGAAAGCACCAGAGUGACAGAGUCCCAGCAGUUGCCACCACGGGGCUGAACAGAAGCCAGGGAUGCAAUGUUUUUAAUGUAGAUAGAGGAGAUGCUGAGAGAUGAGAGCUGUCUGGCCACUUAGAGUCCUUUGAAGACACUAAACACAGUUUUACACAUACAAUGUUGGACAACAUUUUAAAGCUCUUUUGGACUUUUAGACUUCAGAAGUAGUAAAGUGAGUAAUUUCUUUUCCAUUAGAGUAUAUCCUUUACAUUAAUUUAACCUCAAGUUUACUGAUAUUAGCAUUGACUUAAACAUGGAUUCUAAAUGUUAACCCUUUCAGUUGGAGACAAGAUGUGAGGCAAAUUAGAAUGUAAAGUUUUAAAAAAGGUCUAUUGUUUGCAUCAUAACUGUUAGUUAAGAAUGUAAAUUUCAAAAGUUGGUUUCAGUACUUAAUUUUAGCCAACAUGAACAAAUUAUUGUAGUAUUCUGCUUGUUAAAUAUUAUUUACAGUAGCAAAUGUUAACAUAAUAAUAAUCUGUACCUGUUACAUAACACUUUGUGUUGGAGGAGUUGUACAGUAAUAAGCAUUAAUUUUGCUAAAUUAAAGUUAUGGAUGGUAUGCAUACAGAAUUUUCUGAGCCAGUUCAGAGUAUGGGUAAAGCUCUGUAUUUGCUGACCCUUAAUUUUAUAUUCAUUUAUGUCUGGUUUUAAUUCCAGUGGCUGGACAACAUUGCAGGCCAAAGUAAUCUUUUUAAUAUGCAAGGAAUAGAAAAUUUCACUUUUGUUGGGCAAUUGAAAAACCCCCAAAAUAAUCUUCUCUUAGGUGUGUUAUUGAGUUAGCAUUUUGGGGCUUAAUUUGUGCUUUAAACAUUAUGAACCUUUUUAUCAAAUGGAGUUACUCAUAGUGAUAAUUCAGAAAUACAGGUUUUGGAUGUAGAAAAGAAGUUGUGAAAAGAAGUUAUGAGACAACUGCUUUGGGUGGGAAGAUCAUACAUCAGAGCAAUCACCUUUUCUCUGAGGCAGUAGCUCUAAUGAGCAGCAGGAGUGACAUUGCAUAAUAACAUCAUCAACCAUGAUGUUUUUUCCAUAUCCUUAGCUUAAAGUCCUGAGCUAUGAACCUCAGGGUUUGUUUAGGCUAUUUUACCUCACAGGCAGGAAGAACCUUCCAGUAUUUUAUGUAGCCUGUUCUCCUGGAUUUUCAUUGUGUAUUGCAUUUCUUUCAUUUGUAUUUUUUUCCUCUUGACAGACUCAUGAAUUUUAUUUAAAUGCUUUUUUAAUUGUAGUUAUCAUCGGAAUAUGUUUAAUUCUAGAAGCAUAGUUCAUGCAUCAUAAAAUUAAUGAAAUAGAGCAGGAGGACAUACCAUCCUGAAUGAGAGACCAUGUGUCAGCUUUGCACAGGGAAACGUUUGUGAGUCCAAAUAAUACAGGACAGAAAGGUUUGUUUGUAUCUUCCACCAUUGUGGUCUCUGUUCUACUUUCACAUGCAUUGUGACUUUUCCAUCUUUUUUAUUUAGAGAUGAAAUUUUCACUAUCCCUAAAAUGAGGUCUAUUACACAAAAUCAGUUUUAUGCCACUUUGCAGUUUAACAGAUUUGAGGUAUCUUGUAUAGUCUUCUAAUCCACUUGCACAGAACGUAACCUGAACCUUAGAGCAAUGUGAGCAAAACCAGGAAACCCCUUUGGCAGCUGAAGAGGCAAACAAGGCUUGACAUUCAUUGGUAUUUAUGCCAUUUUGAAGGGCUAACAUUGCUGCCACACAAGAGACAGAGGCACGUGGCAAAAUGUGACUGGUAGGCAGGCUCACUAGCCCAAAGGUACAGUACAGCUCCCAACAACCUUUCUAUCAGUGGUAUAUCUUUGUGUUAUAAAAUAAUGUUUAAUUGAUGCAAAACACUGCAUCAUACCCAGUGCUCCUCUGGCUUCUUACACUUCAAAGGGGAAUAAACACCCUUCCUAUCAGGGAUCAUUCGUGUGUACACACUUGGCCCAGAAGAACAGCUCCUCAGUGCAGAUCACUGAGGACUAUGUACUCACUCAAUACACUUCAUCCUAAGUGAUUUUAAGUUUUAAAGACCUGGACAUCAGGAAAACCAUUCGGUAGCUUUUAGAAAGGCGUAUUUGUUUAAAGCAUUUUUUUGUCUAUUGUUCUGUUGUGGCAAACAUAAUACCUGGUUAAAAGCUUGUUUAUUUUUCAAAUGAAGACCUGCAAGAAAAGUGUCAGUGUUUUCACGUAUUAAUCAGUACGUCCUGGAUUUAUUUUUACUUUGAUUUCAUCAUAAUUUUUCAUCAAGAAGCCUUUUUGUCUGUGUUGGAGUAGAGCUUUGCAUCAGGUAUCUGUAAACAUGGUGUUACUGUCAUAGUCAUAGAACACAGCAAUUUCACAUGGUUCCUAUGCUGAGACUAUGUUUUCAGGCACAAAUUAAUUAAUUUACUUUUUCAUAUGGAUCUUUCUUUUUUUCUUUGAAAUGCAGUGCAGAAUAUAUAGUGUUGAACCUGACAGAAAGGUGUGUUGACCAAUAGUGGUGCCUUUUAGCAGCAGCUGAACAAUACAGCAUUAGUAGCCUCAGGGGAUAAUGUGCUCAUUGAAGGCAUUCUUAAGGCAAAGAUUGCUUGUCUGGAGGUAUUCCUUAUUAGUGGUUUCACUGUUUUGUUUAAAUUAUGUAUGUAUUGAAUAAAGUACUUUACCCUAAAGAAAAGAAAGAAUAAAAAAUAAUGUGUGGGCUUAAAGUAUUUAAAUCCCUACAAUGUAGGAAGGGAAACAGGGCAGAAUAUGAACAUAGAGAUACUGCAUCUGGUCUAAGAUGCAAUCAUCUUGUUCUAGGAAAAUUGAAUGUGGUAUCUUUAAAUCAAUUUCAGGAAAAUAAUAUUUCAGUAGAAAAAUGCUGUAUGGAUGUAACAAGAAUAUUUUGCUUAUACUGGUUUGUGUUUUUUCAUCAGUCAAAUAAAUCAUUUGAGAUA